AUCAUUUCUUUUGUGAAAGAGAGAAAAACCAAAUCUCUCUCCCUCCAUUACACACACUAAAAACACUCAACAAAAAAGGCCAAUACAAAAGCCAGUGGAUCUACUAAAACUUGGCAAACAAAAAAUGGAUAAUUUCUGCAGAUCUCUCACUAGACUAUCAAUUUCCAGUCUUGUUAUUGCAAUAUUGCUUUCUUCAUUCACUUUCACUUGCACAGAAGCGUAUGAUGCACUUGACCCAAAUGGAAACAUUACAAUCAAGUGGGAUAUUAUUAGUUGGACCCCUGAUGGUUAUGUUGCUGUCGUUACAAUGUAUAACUUCCAACAAUACCGCCAUAUUCAACCACCUGGGUGGACCUUAGGUUGGACCUGGGCUAAAAAAGAGGUGAUUUGGAGCAUGAUGGGCAGUCAAACGACCGAGCAAGGAGAUUGUUCAAAAUAUAAAAGUUCACCACCACAUUGCUGCAAGAAGACUCCAACAGUUGUUGACUUAUUACCAGGAACCCCUUACAACCAGCAGAUUGCAAAUUGCUGCAAGGGAGGUGUUAUCAACUCAUGGGCCCAAGAUCCCAACAAUUACGCCAGUUCGUUUCAGGUUAGUGUUGGUGCUGCUGGAACAACUAACAAGACGGUUAAACCACCCAAGAAUUUCACCUUGCUUGCACCUGGCCCUGGCUAUACCUGUGGACCGGCUGUAGUUGGCAAACCAACGAAGUUCAUUACUUCAGAUGGAAGAAGAGUCACUCAAGCUAUGAUGACAUGGAACGUUACAUGUACAUAUUCACAGUUUUUGGCCCAAAAAACUCCCACGUGCUGUGUAUCUCUUUCUUCGUUCUACAAUGAAACGAUUGUGCCCUGUCCAACAUGCACCUGUGGAUGCCAAAAUAACAUUACUCACCCUGGAAGUUGUGUAAACCCAAACUCACCAUAUCUAGCUUCGGUUGUUAAUGGUCCUGGAAAGAACACCUUAACACCCCUGGUUCAAUGCACGAAACAUAUGUGUCCUAUUCGAGUCCACUGGCAUGUGAAACUUAACUAUAAGGAUUACUGGCGCGUGAAGGUCACAAUCACAAACUUCAACUACAGGAUGAAUUACUCUCAGUGGAACUUAGUUGUCCAACAUCCCAACUUUGACAACCUUACUCAAAUUUUCAGUUUUAACUACAAGCCAUUGACUCCUUAUUCUUCAAUUAAUGAUACUGGUAUGCUUUGGGGAGUUAAAUUCUACAAUGAUUUUCUGAAUCAAGCUGGACCAUUGGGGAAUGUUCAGUCAGAAUUACUCUUCCGGAAAGACAAAUCAACUUUCACAUUUGAAAAGGGUUGGGCUUUCCCUCGUAGAAUCUACUUCAAUGGUGACAACUGUGUGAUGCCACCACCCGAUGCAUACCCGUAUCUCCCGAAUGCAAGUUCCCGUCUAAGCUUCUCAUUACUCGCUCUAUUGAUAACAUCUUUAGCUUUAUUCUUUGCUUUUAUUUAAUGUUUGAGCAGCCAUUGAUGAUUUUUCACACGCACACAUCAUCUUGAACAAGAAAAGUUUGAGUCUGUAAUGUGGGUGAAUUCACCUGUUCGAUAUUGUUGUUUUACAUGUAUUGUAUUUUGUAGAGUAGUUGAAGUUAUAGUGUUGCUUACAGUUGUAUAAUUUAAACCUACAAGUGAUAAGUUAAAUCCGAUAUUCAAUUUUGAUUA